UUCAUUUUGUGCCGAGCUGUGGGCUGUUUCACUUCAGUCUCUCUGAGUCUCUUGACAGAGUCUGUUCUCCUCCUAAAUCAAUGUGGACAGUUGCUUUCUCCAGCCACCCACACCGUUUGACCCUCGACUGAAUGUUUUAGAGUGGUAAUCCUAGAGAAUUUCAUCUAUUGGUCAUUACAACACGGCAAACCUAUGAAGGUGCUGAGUGGUCACGUCGUGUCUAAAUCGUUGACCCAAAGCAGCAUGGACGUAAUCAGCAUGCCAGGCACAGCUGUUCCAGCAAAUGCAGGACUUUCCCUUAGUCAGCAGACUAAUACCAAUCUGACCAGCAUCUCCCACAAUGGAAACAUCAGUCGAAGGCGUUGGAAGAGCCUCUUGCGACGUGUACAGAAAAAGAACACAGAAUCUCCCAAAAACACAUUGUUUGGGCAACCCUUGUCUGAAAUCUGUCAAAAUGAUGGGUGUCCUCCUGAACCAAUUAUGGAUACCCUUAUGCUGCUGCUGAGGAAGGGUCUGCGCACUGAGGGGGUUUUCAGGAGGGCUGGCAACGCCAGAGCUCUGAGAGAGAUCAAGGCGCAGCUCAACGAAGGGAUAGAAGUGGAUUUAAAAGAGCAGUCGGUCAUUUUGUUGGCUGAUCUUGUCAAGGAUUUUCUUAGACAUCUGCCUGGGAGUUUGCUAAUGGUGGAAAAGUGCAAAUCCUGGAUGGCUGCAAUGGAAAAGGAAGGUGAAGAUCAGAAGCUUGCUGAGAUUAAAAUGGUGAUCAAAACGCUUCCUGAGGCAAAUAUUCAGCUUUUGAAGCACUUGAUGGUUCUGCUUUAUCACAUAAGUGAGAACGCCGAUACAAACAAGAUGACUCCCCUCAAUCUGGCCACAUGUGUUUCCCCCAGCUUGCUCCCAACAGACAAUGUGGAAAAGAUGGAAGAGGUGACGAAACUGACUGAGUUUCUCAUUGUCAACUGCCCUCAAAUAUUUGGUGAGGAUGCACUGACGCUCUUCGGAGACUCUGAUGAAGAAGAUCUCAGCGAUAACCAAGACUCUUUUUCUUCGCACCAUCAUGACUCUGCGUACGACAGUAAUGAUCCUGAUGCAGAUGGCUACAAGGGCAGCAGUUCUGACAUGGACUCCAUCAAAUCCGGCGCUGAAGAGAAAUCCCAGGAACAUUUGAGCGCAGAGGAACUUUGGACCAAAAAACUAACUCGCAGACGUUCAGAACCAGUCAUAAACUUCAGACAGGGCCUUCAGCAGCACCUUUCCCACUCCAGGAGCCAGACAGAAAUGGACUUUCAUGACAAACUCUUAACAAAGCAGAUCUCUGAUGACUGUAUUGUGGUUAGAGGAGGCAACAGCUUGGGGAAAAGCUAUGGAGACAAGACGACCUCUAAAGACUGCUCGUAUUGUUCUUCAAGCUCACUUGAGAGUUGUUUCUCCAGCGCUUCAGAGAGCUCUAUCCAUAACAGCCCUCUUAUUGUGCCUUUAUGCAAUCAGAGAAAGGCCCUUCAACGCAAGCAUUCGUUCCCCACCCGCCAUUCGGCUCCUGCACCGAAUCGCUCAGAGACCCCCAAAAGACGCUCGCAGUCCAUGAAGACUGCACACAUCAGAAGCAGGACCGUCUUCGGGCGAAGCGGUUCCACCAAACGGGCCAUCGAUAGAGCCCUACGCCACAGCCAGACUCUACCCGAGGUACUGAAUCCUAAUCUGGAGCCGAAACGCUUGUCUAGCGAGGAGGUUUUCCAGCAGGUGGACAGUAGGAUACCUAGCGAUCCUCCAAGUUAUGAGCAAGCCGUUCAGGACAAUUCCCAUGUAGCUCUCUCGAGCCGUACAUCGUUGACUGUUCAGGAUGCAAGAUGUCUGUCAAAGCAAACAUGCAGCAGCUCAAGAUCUUCUAGUGAAGAGACACUGGAUUUUAACAUCCACGACAGAGACGAUUCAGAGACAUGCUGUGAUAGUAUGAGUGGAUCCUCCUCUGAGUUGAGACAGAGGAGCAUGUCUGAAACUGGGUAUGAAGGAUGGUGCAAUCAGGAAGAGCUCAGAGAGAGUUAUGUUUGAGUUAUUGUACAUUUUUAUUAUUGUUGUUACUACUUUUUGGUGGAGGCAAAAUAUAUUUUGCAUAUGACCUCAUAAUGAGGCGUGGACCUUUUAGGGCUUCAAGUACAAUUAAGGCAUGGAGUUGUGCUGAAUAUGUUGAAUUUUAUUCUUCAUUUUAGUCCAGGCUUUUGUGACAAUGUUGUUAUGCCCACAGUAUGUUGAUUGUCUAGCACCCCAACAAUGAUAAAUGUAACUAAAAGGCACUUUGAGGGAAUUUCACUACACAGGUUUAUAAGUUUUUGUGCAAUGUAUGCAAUGUUUGCAGAAUUAAUGUGCAUGCUUAAAAACAAUGUAAAUCAUAUGUCUUCCCAUGAAAUAAA